AUGACAUCACCGGUGCAGCUCCAUGACGUCUCGGAGGUCCACACGCUGCAGCCUCACGACCAAACCGUUGCUCUAAUCAGACAAGUCUGCCCCAUUCUCGGUAUGCACGUACCGGAGCACGUGACGAUGCACCACACACAUGACCUUGGACCGGGUCAGUGCUGCUCCUCGGUGGUGCAGAUGAUCCACGCUCCAUUAGAGUCUGUGUGGGCCCUCGUGCGUCGUUUUGAUAACCCUAAAGUUUACAAGAACUUCGUAAAGCAGUGCCGUAUUGUCCAAGGAGACGGGCUCCACGCUGGCGAUCUUCGGGAAGUCAUGGUCGUGUCGGGACUCCCGGCGGUCUCGAGCACCGAGAGACUCGAGAUGUUGGAUGAGGAGCGUUAUGUGAUAAGCUUUAGCGUGGUGGAUGGGGACCACCGGCUCGAGAACUACAGAUCAGUGACAACUCUCCACGCGUCGGAGGACGGAAGAACAACCGUCGUGGUGGAGUCAUAUCUCGUCGAUGUGCCGCAGGGAAACACGGAGGAGGAGACUGUUACCUUCGUGGAUACUAUCGUCAGGUGCAACCUUCAGUCUCUAGCGAGAAGUACCAACCGGCAAUAA